CACUCCCAGCCAGUGCGCACUAUUGGUUUGUCAUAGUCGCCGUGAGCGCAGUUUUCUUUGGAAAAUCACUAGACUUGGAUGUUAUUUUUUCUUAAAGGGGAAAAAGAAAAAAUAUAUACAUUUUCUGCUUUUAAGAGUCUUCUGGAUACUCUUUUUGUUGUUUUAUUAUGACCGAUGAGGUGUCGCUCUUCCAGCUUCCACGGGACGUGAUGUAGCCCCCGCACAGAGAGGAAAGACUUGUGACUACAUAUUGGGAUGUAAAGGAGAGAAGUGGGGACUGUGGAAAGCUUCUUGUUGUGUUUUCCUUGUUUUUUUUUCCUCCCCUCGGGAUUCUGGAAGCCACAACCAGACUAAUUCAUAGGAGUCUAAACCGAGCGGCUGGAUUCGCUGCUCUGUCUCCUCGAUCCCCUUCAAGCAAUCAAGCAACGUUUGAAGAGGACACUUUUUUUUUUUCUCCUGGUGAAAAAUUGAUGCACGCUUUGAAUCCGUGCAUGUGCACAAGUAAUCUUUAAGCACGGCGCGGACAGAAUAUGCCUUUAUCACCUCGAAUGUGAAUUGCAGGAAUUGUAAUCAGCAGCACUCAAGAUCCGCCCUCCGUUCUCAGGCUAAGAUUUUGGAGAAAAACAUCUGGGAUCAGAUAAAAAAGAUAUUUUGGCCUUGUGGGAGGAGAGGCGCAGUGGAGGGAACCGUGCCAUAGAGGAAGCAACCAAUUGAGGCACUUGCCAAGGAAAGACUUAGCACUGAACUCAUCUGGGACUCUGACUAGCGGGUGGUGAGAGAAGGAGGCCAUGUGGACCGCACGCCUGCUAGUCCUCGCCAGCCUUUUCGCACCAGCCGCACUGGCUUUGAGUAGAGCUCCCAUCCCCAUGGCCGUGGUGAGACGGGAGCUGUCCUGCGAGAGCUACCCCAUCGAGCUACGCUGCCCAGGCACAGACGUUAUCAUGAUUGAGAGCGCCAACUAUGGCCGCACGGAUGACAAGAUCUGUGAUGCAGACCCAGCGCAGAUGGAAAACACACGGUGUUAUCUUCCAGAUGCAUACAAGAUCAUGUCACAAAGGUGUAACAACAGGACACAGUGUGCUGUGGUGGCCGGACCAGAUGUCUUUCCCGACCCAUGCCCAGGAACAUACAAAUACCUGGAAGUCCAGUACGAAUGCGUGCCCUAUAGCCUAAAAAUAGAAGUGGAACAAAAAGGCUCCUUAGUAUUCCUGUGCCCAGGGCUUCUACGCAGGGUAUACCAGAGCGAGCACCUUUUUGAAUCGGACCACCAGUCCGGAGCCUGGUGCAAGGACCCCCUCCAGGCUUCCGAUAAGAUAUACUACAUGCCCUGGACCCCCUACCGCACGGACACCCUAACUGAAUACUCCUCCAAGGAAGACUUUAUUGCUGGAAGGCCAACAACAACCUACAAGCUGCCACAUCGCGUCGAUGGUACUGGCUUUGUGAUCUAUGAUGGGGCGCUGUUCUUCAACAAGGAGCGCACGCGCAACAUAGUAAAAUUUGACUUGCGAACUCGCAUCAAGAGUGGCGAGGCUAUCAUACCAAAUGCCAACUAUCAUGACACCUCUCCCUACCGCUGGGGGGGUAAGUCGGACAUUGACCUAGCUGUGGAUGAGAAUGGACUUUGGGUGAUUUAUGCCACUGAGCAGAACAAUGGACGGAUUGUCAUCAGCCAACUAAAUCCCUACACACUCCGAGUGGAGGGGACCUGGGACACAGCUUAUGACAAGCGCUCAGCAUCCAAUGCUUUCAUGAUCUGUGGGAUUCUCUAUGUGGUAAAAUCAGUCUAUGAGGAUGACGACAAUGAAGCUACAGGAAACAAGAUUGAUUAUAUCUACAACACUGAGCUCAGUAAAGAUGGCUUUCUGGACAUACCUUUUCCCAAUUCAUACCAGUACAUUGCAGCUGUGGAUUAUAAUCCCAGGGACAAUCUGCUCUAUGUGUGGAACAACUAUCAUGUUGUCAAGUACUCGUUGGACUUUGGAGCGCUAGACAACCGAAUUGAAACCUCCUCAUCUGUCAUGGUAUACAUGGAUGUCAUGACUUCAACAAUGAGGGCCACUACUCGACCUACCACUGUCACCCUGACAACCACAACAUCUAGGACGACCACCACAAGAAUGCCUGUCACAACGACUGCAGCGGCUGUUUGGCCACGGACAACAUCCACACUGAUACCCCCCAUGCACACGAUAGUCAAUGCCUUAAGGCCUGAAGACCAUGAUGCAGCACCACCUUCUGCCAGUCCUCCGCACAUCAGGUUGGAAUACUGCAAUCCUAUAGUAAUGAUGGACAUCUCCUGGCCGAAGACCAGACAGGGUACAGUCAUCAAGAUGCCAUGUCCAUCAGGAACCAUUGGUAUGGUUUCAUUCACUUGCUUGGGUCCAGAAGGAUACUGGGACCAGCAGGGGCCUGAUUUCAGCAACUGUACAUCCCCAUGGGUAAACAUCAUCAACCAAAAGAUAAAAGCUGGAGAGACAGCAGCAGUUAUUGCCAGAGAGCUGGCAGAACAAACCAAGAGCAACCUUCAUGCGGGCGACAUCACCUAUACCGUGAGGGCAAUGAUUCAGCUGGUAGAUCUGCUCGACGUCCAGCUGCGGAACCUCACGCCGGGCGGCAAAGACAGCGCAGCACGAAGCCUCAACAAGCUGCAGAAGAGAGAGCGCUCAUGUCGAUACUAUGUUCAGGCCAUGGUGGAGACGGUCAACAAUUUGCUGCAGCCACAGGCCCAGGCGGCUUGGAGGGAGUUAAGCACCGGCGAGCAGCUGAGAGCUGCAACCAUGCUGCUGGACACUGUAGAGCAGGGGGCUUUUGUCUUGGCUGACAACCUGCUGAAGACAGACAUUGUGCAGGAGAACACUGACAACAUUCAGCUGGAGGUGGCCAGGAUGAGCACAGAUGGGAAUUUGGCAGAUCUGAAGUUUCCACAAACCGGAGGGCAAGGCAACUCUAUCCACCUGUCAGCAAACACACUAAAGCAGCACGGAAGAAACGGUGAAAUCCGGAUUGCGUUUGUCCUGUACAAACACAUCGGCGUUUACCUCUCCACGGAGAAUGCCAGCAUGAAGUUGGGCAGCGAGGCUCUGGCUACCAAUUACUCCAUGAUUGUUAACUCUCCCGUUAUCACGGCUGCCAUCAACAAGGAUUCAAACAAAGUCUAUCUCUCUGACCCUGUCAUUUUUACCAUCAGGCAUCUGCAGCAGCAGUCUGAAGAAAACUUCAACCCAAACUGCUCGUUCUGGAGUUACUCCAAGCGCAGUUACUGGGGUUACUGGUCGACGCAGGAUUGCCGUCUGCUUAGCACCAAUAGGACGCACACCACAUGCUCUUGUACCCAUCUCACCAACUUUGCAGUUCUGAUGGCUCAUGUUGAUGUUAAGAACACAGACCCUAUUCACGACAUGCUCCUGGACGUCAUCACCUGGGUGGGCAUCCUGCUUUCUCUGGUGUGCCUGCUAAUUAGCCUCUUCACCUUCUGCUUCUUCCGCGGCCUACAGAGUGACCGCAACACCAUCCAUAAGAACCUGUGUAUCAGCCUGUUUAUAGCAGAGUCCCUGUUCCUAGUGGGGAUCAACCGUGUUGACCAGCCGAUCGCAUGCGCUGUUUUUGCCGCCCUGCUCCAUUUCUUCUUCCUGGCUGCCUUCACAUGGAUGUUCCUUGAGGGGGUGCAGCUCUACAUAAUGCUGGUGGAGGUGUUUGAAAGCGAGCACUCACGCCGACGAUACUUCUACCUGGUGGGUUACGGUGUGCCAGCUCUGAUUGUAGCUGUCUCUGCUGCGGUGGACUACCGCAGCUAUGGAACAGAUACAGUUUGCUGGCUUCGCCUGGACACAUACUUUAUCUGGAGUUUUAUAGGACCUGCAACCUUGAUAAUUAUGCUCAACGUGAUCUUCUUGGGCAUCGCUCUCUACAAGAUGUUCCACCAUACAGCCAUUCUGAAACCAGACUCUGGUUGCCUGGACAACAUCAAAUCAUGGGUGAUUGGUGCUAUUGCCUUGUUGUGUCUCCUUGGGCUAACCUGGGCUUUUGGCCUAAUGUACGUCAAUGAGAGCACAGUGGUCAUGGCUUACCUCUUCACCAUCUUCAACUCCCUGCAGGGGAUGUUCAUUUUCAUCUUCCACUGUGUGCUGCAGAAGAAGGUGCGUAAAGAGUAUGGGAAGUGCUUGCGAACUCAUUGCUGCAGCGGCAAAAGUGUGGAAAGUUCCAUUGGCUCUGUUAAGGGCAGCGCCUCUCGUGCUCCAGGGAGGUAUUCUUCUGGCUCACAGAGCCGUAUCCGUCGAAUGUGGAACGACACAGUGAGAAAACAGUCUGAGUCCUCUUUUAUGACCGGGGACAUCAACAGCUCAGCAUCACUCAACAGAGGGGCUAUGGCUAACCAUCUUAUACCUAAUGCACUCCUACGUCCUCAUGGCACUAACAAUCCCUAUAAUACAUUGCUUGGGGAGUCUGCCGUUUAUAACAACCCCCUGGGCAUGUACAACACUCAAGAGCCCUACAGAGAGACAAAGGGAAUCCUGAACAAUGCCCGGGAUACAAGUGUCAUGGAUACUCUACCACUGAAUGGUAACCAUGGGAAUAGUUACAGCAUUGCCAGCGCUGAGUACAUGAGCGACUGCGUCCAGAUCAUCGAUCGGGGCUACAACCACAAGGAGACCACCCUGGAAAAGAAGAUCCUGAAAGAGCUCACCUCCAACUAUAUCCCCUCUUACCUAAACAAUUCUCACGAGCGCUCAAACGAGCAGAACCGGAACCUCAUGAACAAGCUGGUCAAUAAUGUAAGCAACGGGGGGAAAGACAGCGGCUAUGGCAUGAGUUUGGGAGUGGGGAUAGGCAUGAACGUUGCACUGAAUCUUGAUGAUCACUCGACCUUUGGUACCCACCACGAUGAAGGCCUGGGUCUGGAGUUGAUACGAGAGGAGUCCAAUGUCCCGUUGUUGCCACAAAGGCCACUGCCAACACUGCAGGCAGUCAACAAUCUUCACAAUCAGCUUCAACAGUCCAUGUCACCGCCCCUUCCCCUCUCCCAUCAUCCCUUCUCCUCUGCAUCCAACUCUUCAUCCUCUAGAAGGAGGAUCCCCCAGGAGAACAGUGAAAGCUUCUUCCCCUUACUAAAUAAUGAGCAUAUUGAAGAUGAAAGUUCAUUGCCCAACCACAGCCACCAGAGAGACUCCCUCUACAACAGCAUGCCAAUGUUGCCUGGCCUGCCUGACGUAUCCGCAGAAUCCACCGAUAGCUCAAAGGAGGGUGGGGAUGCCAAGAGUCCAGAGGCAAGCUUAGACGACGUUUACUACAAGAGCAUGCCCAACUUGGGCUCCCGUAACCACCUCCAUCAGCUACAUUCCUAUUACCAGCUCGGACGGGGUAGCAGCGAUGGUUUUAUUGCACCCACUAACAGAGAGGAUCUUUCUGCCGAAGAGGGUAACCCAGAGCCCUCUCACUUGGUCACCAGCCUAUAGGCCCAGACACCCCACCUUAAUAAACGUUAAUUUCUUUUUCUUUCCCAAAGUCCUCUUCUGUUUCCUCACUCCAUUGUCCAUCCGUCGUUGGCAGUGGUACCCAUUGUUUUUAAUGUUGUCCUAAAGACUGAGACAGCUUAACUCUCCCUGUUAGUGACCACAAACAGGUUAAGAAUUAUAAAAUGGAUGGAAGCGGAAGUGACUAUCUUUGGUUAGAUAUUCCCAAGGUUGAUGUUGUGUACCCAGCCACCUGAUUCUCUCUGAAGCCCACUCUGGUUUGGUGUGUUUGCCUUCAUCUAAUAAGAGACACCCACAAAACGUUAGGCCUCAUCGAUAUUAGUCAAGAGGAACUGGAUAGCCCCAAAAGUCUGAACUGAUAGACUUCAACAGAAUUAAUGGGGAAUUAAAAAAAAUUACUAUUUUAUUAUACUUCUGUAUCUAUAUGGACUUUUUGAAGUAUUUUCUUCCUCUUCAGUGAGUUGCAGCACAUUUUGUUUGCUGUAGUGUUCCUCCAAAAUAAGAAAAAAAAGAAAAAAAAAAACCACUUAUCCCCAAUUUACAUUGCACCCAGCUUAGUUGCACUGCGCUGCAAACUUCUCCAACUACCUAAUAUAGACUGUCUGUGUUUUGCUACAGUUUGAAGAUUUCCCAAUAAAAGCCUGUGAUAACUGCAGAAGUCAAAGCUAAACAACUUGUCCUAUGAAAUUUUCAAUAAUUAAGCCUGCUUCACGUUUUGGUUUUGCAUAUCCAGAUAAUUUCAGAACUAGAAUUCUGCAAUGGGUGAAUACACUGCAAGCAAAGAGGCAACACUUGUUGCUUAUUAUGGUGCUUUUACUGUUUGUUAUGUUUUGAUUACCUUAGUUGAUAUAUGCAGUUCAAUUAUUGAUUUAAUGUGUCAGAUUGCUAAUAUACUGAUAUACACACAUGUAUCGUUGUGAAUUGACCAGUACAACAAUAUUUUUAAGGAAAUCUAGCCUUCUUUUGUGUAUUAUUUCAUAAAACUUGUAAUCUGUGAUUGUUCUGUUUUCUCCUGGAGUGAUGGGAUUUCUAAAUAUUUACUGUGGUCUUACUGCAGCAUCAAUCAAAAAUAUUAUUGAAUCAAAAGUUACUGUCUUUUCCUCGCUUCCCUGAAACACUUUGCAGAGGCUAUUUAAAAUGUUCCCAUUGAUUAUUACGAUGGCGCUGGAGUUCGCAACAGAGUGGAGGGGAGCUGGAUGCAGUGUGAAUUGGGGGACAUUUGCCAGUAAGGAAUUAUAAGUUAAAUGCUUUCAAGCAUAGCUGUUCUUAUUUUGUUCAUUUUAUUUUAACAUUUAUUAAGAAAGAGGAGAAAAACUAAUGAGAGAAUUAUGACAUAUUUCUAUGUGACUGUACAGAUAACUAGCAUUGCACAUAAUAUGCAUUUUUUUCACCUUUAUUUGUUUAAAUUUUUUUUGUUGUUUUGUUCGGGGCCAACUUUUUCUCUGUAAAUUAAAAUGAUUAGGAACAGCUUUGUUCUGUUGUGCUGGCCUCUUUGAAGUUUUCACUGUACUGCUCCGGUUUUAUGUUGUAUCACUUUCCAAGAAAUCUAAAGAGAAGCAAAAAAAAAAAAAAAAAAAAAACGUGAAGAAAUUGAACUCUGGUUGUUCAGGCAUUGCUGUGAAAUGUGCUCGCUUUUGUUUCCUGGUCAGUUUUCAAUUCUUGUUUAAGGUUUUUUUUUUCCUCACUUUUUUUCUUUUUCUGUGUAGAUAGCAACACUUCAAAGAGACAGGAUUGCAGAAUCCCUAAGAAAGGUUUAUAGUGCGUUCUACAUUUGUGUCAACUCUCAGAAAACGCUUGAGCUUCUUGGACUUGAGGACUUGACAAACUGAGCCUUGUUGUGCACCAGGCACUUGUACAAAUAAAGAAAGUUUGUUGAUUUACUUAUUAAAGAAAGAACUUU